CAAUAACACCGUGUCUAGCUAAAAAAAAUUCAGAUCAGAUGUUUAUUAUUUAUAUACAGUAACUGUUAUGAACUCUGAACUUUAAUGGACGCGACCAUCAGAAAAUAAAAACAACGUCAGUUAAGUUGUGGUAGCCAGAACUACACCGUGUCCAACGUAGGGAUGUGCAGAAAAGAGGCUGCAGAAUGUUCAUGAGAAAGGUGUUACAUUUUUCUCCUAGAUUAGCGGAACGUUUUCUUUGGCGAGUUCCGCAUGCAGCUUACUGUAAUAAACAGAAUGAUAAACAGAGUGACUGUGUAGACAAGCCCCCAGGAUAUGUCGCCCCACUCCAUGCUCUGAUGGCGAAAGAAGCAGAAGACUACUUGGCCAACCUGGAUGAGGAUGGAUUGAACAAAAUGGAAGAAAUCAAAGAGUUGAUGGAAAAGUUGAGACUUGAAAACAAAAGGGUACCAGAUGAAAUUCCCCCGAAAGCAUGGAAACAGCUGAUAACUGAACAUCAAACUUAUUCUUCUAGAGUUAGACUGUUAAACAAACUAUUUUUAGACGAGGUUAGGCAAAGAAAAGAUGCGAUGAAGAAGCGGGAAAAAGCUAAAAUAAGACAAGAACUGAAUGAAAGAAAAACAGAACAUCCAAGUUUCAGUAUUAAUGUUCCAAGAAGAAUAAAGGAAGCUAGAGGAUGGAAGGGAAUCCAGACAAUGAAGUCGGAUAUUAAAGUUGUGAUUGAUUUAGAUAUUGAGCAAAAUAUGAGGGAAGAAGUUGCUGUUUUUGAUCAGAUUCAGAUGCUUUGGUCAGAUAAUUUAAAACAUUUGCAACCUUUAAAUAUUCAUUUAACAAGCAUAAACAAAAACAAUCGACUCAGGCAAAUAUUCCAGGCAGAGAAGUCAGUGUUUGUGAACACACAUGAGAAGGAUUUUAAGGAAGUAUUUCCUGAUGAAGAUUUAGUUUAUUUAUCUCCAGAUGGACCUGCUCUGAAACAGUUUGACCCAAACUGCACUUAUAUUAUUGGAGGUCUUGCUGAUCUUUCACCAAAAAACAGGGUAACGUUUGGUAAAGCGAGGAAACUUGGCAUCAGAUGUGCUUCAUUUCCAAUAAGAAAAUACUGCGAUUUAAGCAUUAGAAGUCCAUGUACAGUGUUGACAUUGAACUGUGUUUAUGGUAUUCUUCAAGACAUGUACCUGCAUCACUCAUGGACAACUGCUUUUCGCAACAAUCUUAGGUCCAGUUUUUUUCUAUAUGAAGACACAUUAGCCCAACAAAAGAGUGAAGUGCUCGAGAAAGAAUGGUCAAGAACAUUUGAGAGAAAUUGGAAAAGUUUGAGAAGUACCAAAUAUUAGAAAGAUACUUUUCAAGAUAAAUACAUACAGAAUGUUUUUUAUUAUGUAUUUUGUGUUGACUUUCUAGAAAUGGAGAUGAAUAAAUUGAUUAUUUUAAA